AAGUUCCACUUGCUCAGGAGGCCAUUUUGGCUCCACGGUGGCUGGUUUCGCACGCAGUGAGUUGGGCGGCUCUCACGCAGACAAACAUCGGCUGAGCCCCGUUCAUUCUGGCAUGAUUAAAACUCACACAUUCGCCGCAUAUACUGAGUGAAAGCGCCCGUGCAGCCAUGUGGAUCAUCCCGGAGGAGGUGUUACUGGCCAACGCGCUGUGGGUGAGCGAGCGGGCGAACCCUUAUUUCAUCCUGCAGAGGAGGAAGGGACACGGGCGCGGAGGAGGCUUCACGGGUUUGCUGGUGGGUACGCUGGAUGUGGUGCUGGACUCGAGUGCUCGCGUGGCUCCGUACAGGAUCCUGCACCAGACGGGAGAGUCACAGAUCUUCUGGAAUAUUGCUUGUGGCUCGUCUCGUAAGGAGAUCACUGAACACUGGGAGUGGCUCGAAACAAACCUACUGCAGACUCUGUCCAUCUUUGACAAUGACGAUGACAUCACCACCUUCGUCAAGGGCAAAAUACAGGGCAUCAUCGCUGAAGAGAAUAAAAGUGGCAAAGCUCAGGAAGACGAGGAUCCUGGGAAGUUCCGUGAAGCCGAGCUGAAGAUGCGGAAGUUGUUCGGAAUGCCGGAGGAAGAGAAGCUGGUGAACUAUUACCCCUGCAGCUACUGGAAGGGCAGAGUCCCGCGGCAGGGCUGGAUCUACCUGUCCGUAAAUCACCUCUGCUUCUACUCCUUUCUGCUGGGAAAAGAGGUUUCGCUGGUGGUGCAGUGGACAGAUGUCACGCAGUUGGACAAGAACGCCACGCUGGUUUUCCCCGAGAGCAUCCGUGUGAGCACACGCGACACAGAGCACUUCUUCUCUAUGUUCCUCAACAUCAACGAGACCUUUAAACUGAUGGAGCAGCUGGCCAACAUUGCCAUGAGACAGCUGCUGGACAACGAAAGCUUCGCCGCCGACCGCUCGCUCCCCAAACCCUGCAAGACCCUCAAAAACGUCUCUGCGCUCAAGAGGGACUUGGAUGCACGUGCAAAGAACGAGCGGUACAGAGCGCUGUUCCGGCUCACACAGGACGAGCGUUUGGAUGGGCACACCGACUGUACACUCUGGACGCCGUUCGCUAAGAUGCAUGUCGUCGGUCAGAUGUUUGUUUCUAACAACUACAUCUGCUUUGCCAGUCGAGAGGAAGAUCUGUGUCAACUUAUCAUUCCCCUGAGAGAGGUGACUAUAGUGGAGAAAGCGGACAGCAGCAGUGUUUUGCCGAGUCCACUGUCGAUCAGCACUAAAAACAAGAUGACCUUCCUGUUUGCCAACCUCAAAGACCGUGACUUCCUGGUACAGCGCAUCUCUGACUUCCUGCAGCGCACGCCUGACAGGCCAUGUGGCCUAAACAUUCAAUCCGAGAACCCCAGCCCGUGUACACCCCCCUCUCUGCCCUCGUCCCCUCCUGUCCUGGGGCUCGGAGAGAUGCCCCAAAACCAACACUACAGCCCCAGUCUGCCCACCGCCAAGAAGGGCCUACUGCAAAUCUACCAGCAGGACGUCCCAGAGGAGCUGGGGCCCAAAGUGACGAGAGAGAAGAUGAAAGAGGAAUCAUGGAACAUCCACUUCUUUGAGUUUGGCCGUGGAGUGUGUAUGUACCGCACGUCUAAGACCAGAGAGCUGGUUCUGAACGGGAUACCAGAGAGUCUGAGAGGAGAACUGUGGCUGCUGUUCUCAGGUGCUCAGAAUGAGAUGGCCACACACCCGGAUUACUAUGCCAGUUUGGUUGAGCAGGCGAUGGGUAAAUGUACUCUAGCGACAGAGGAGAUCGAGAGAGACCUGCACCGCUCAAUGCCUGAACAUCACGCCUUCCAGAACGAGAUGGGCAUCGCUGCCCUGAGACGCGUCCUGACCGCCUACGCUUACAGAAACCCCAACAUCGGAUACUGCCAGGCGAUGAACAUUGUUACUUCUGUGCUGUUGUUGUAUUGUACUGAAGAGGAGGCCUUCUGGCUGCUUGUGGCUCUGUGUGAACGGAUGCUGCCCGACUAUUACAACACUAGAGUUGUAGGAGCGCUGGUGGACCAGGGCGUGUUUGAGGAGCUGACCCGCGAGUGUUUGCCGCUCUUGUACGAGCACAUGCAGGAUUUGGGCGUCAUCUCCACCAUCUCUCUGUCCUGGUUUCUCACACUCUUCCUGUCCGUCAUGCCUUUCGACAGCGCGGUGCUGCUGGUCGACUGCUUCUUCUACGAGGGCAUUAAAGUCAUUUUCCAGGUGGCAUUAGCUGUGCUACAUGCAAACAUGGAUCAACUUCUGUCCUGUUCAGAUGAGGGAGAGGCCAUGACUAUUCUGGGCAGAUAUUUGGAUAAUGUAGUAAAUAAGCAGACCGUUUCUCCACCCAUUCCCCACCUUCAUGCCCUGUUGACCAGUGGCAACAACCCUCCGCCUGAGAUUGACGUCUUUGAGCUCAUUAAAGCGUCCUAUGAGAAGUUUGGUAGCCUGCGUGCCGACGUCAUCGAGCAGAUGAGGUUCAAACAAAGGUUAAAGGUCAUACAGUCACUAGAAGACACAGCCAAGAGGAGUGUGGUGAGAGCGAUCAUGACAGAGUCUGCCUUCACUAUUGAGGAGUUGGAAGGACUGUUUGUUCUUUUUAAGGCUAAGCACAUCAUGAGUUGUUACUGGGGUGCGAGCAGCACCGCGGCGGAGCGGCACGACCCGAGUCUGCCGUAUCUGGAGCAGUACCGCAUCGACUGCGGUCAGUUCGUUCAGCUCUUCUCCGCUCUGGCGCCCUGGAGCUGUGGCCUUCACACCAACACGCUCUCCAGCCGACUCUUCCGCCUGCUCGACCAAAACAAAGACACUCUCAUUAACUUCAAAGAGUUUGUCACCGGACUCAGUGGAAUGUAUCAUGGCGAUAUGACCGAAAAACUCAAACUUCUCUACAAACUCCACCUGCCUCCUGCGUUGUGUCCAGAGGAAGCAGAGUCCGCGCUGGAGGCCACGCAGUUCUUCACUGACGAUGACACGCUUCAGGAUCCUCCCUUCCUGUCUCAUCUGGACUUCCUGGCACAGGAAGUGAUCUCAGGUGAGGAGCUGAAGGAGGCAGGAGACACAUCAGCGGCCGGAGACACGGAUGAGAAAAAAGAGGAGAAGCCAAAGGACUAUAAGUAUUAUCUGAGAAUGUGGGCCAAAGAAAAAGAGCCAAAGAAAGAGAGUAUCAAAGAUUUGCCUCGGAUGAAUCAGGAGCAGUUCAUUGAGAUGUGUAAGACUCUCUACAACAUGUUCAGUGAAGAUCCCAUGGAGCAGGAGCUGUAUCACGGCAUCGCCACGGUGGCGAGUCUCCUGCUGUGCAUCGGAGAAGUGGGCAAGAAGUUCACCAACAACGGCAGCAAGAAAACCGAAGCCCAGCUGCCCUCAGCAGUCGACGCUCUGCAGCCGGAGAGGGAGGACUCGUCCGGGGAGGGAGGAUCAGGACAGUCCCUGGUCUCCAAGGCCCUGGCAGAGGCACAGCUAGAGACACCACCUCCAACAGCGGCCGGCUCCGACGAAGAGGCCAAAGACGACACGUCCGUUUCAUCUUACUCCGUAGUGAGCACCGGUUCGCUGCAGUGCGAGGACAUCGCCGACGACACGGUCCUGAUUGGCUGCAUGAGCGGAGACGCGGUGGAUCGGAGGCAGGGCAGCGCGCCAGAUGCCGAUUGGUCGAUCACGUUCGAGCAGGUUUUAGCAUCGUUCCUGACAGAAACAUCGCUGGUCGACUACUUCGAGAAAAAACACGACAUCCAGAGCAAAAUAACGGCAUGCAAAUCGCUGAGAGCCGUGGAGAGACAGACAAGUACGUCGAGCGAUCACGAUUUCUCUCUGAACACACACUGACAGGCUCAUAAAAACAUGCAUGAACACAUAAACAUACACAUACUAAUGCAAAACCAGAAUAUGUGUAUGUAUAUAUGUCCGGUUACUCUCUAUAGUUGUUUGAUACUUCUGUGUCAUAGUCAAAGAAUAGUGUUUAAAAUCCAUCCCAGUAGCUUUCUAUACAAGUAACCUCUGGAGUUUGAGAUGUGAUGACUGUGCUUCACCCUAGUACCUGGUUUUUGGUGGGUUGAAGGCAUCAGCUAGCAGGUCUGAAAUAGAGGAUUAUAGGAUAUGGCCAACAUAAAUCUAUAUGUAUCUGUAUAUUAAAGUGCUUCAGCUCUUACAGAUCAACAAAUGAAACGUCACACUAAAAAUAUUUGUUUUGCACACUCGUCUUAAGUCCCAGGUUGAAAUAUUCCGCACUAAAAGUGUACGUCACUAAUGCUUUCUUGCAUGUGUGCUAUAGCUGGAUAUAUUCUGUGUAUUUGGCAGUAAGAAGUGUCCUUUCGGUGAAGAGUUCACCUUAUAGCUCUGCUCAGAUUCACUUUAACCCCUCAGAUGGAAACAGUUGUUCAUUAUUAGCUUUGGUUUAAAGCUGUUUCUGUGUGUUAUAAAUCAGCUUUACUGUUUCUAAGUAGGUCAUUGCCUUACUGAUCAGAUGUGUACAGUUGAUGGAGGACGGCAUUGCGUGUGUUUGUUGUGGUGUUUUGUGAGAAAAGCACCAUCAUGUUCUAUCACAUAUUUGGUUGCCGGAAACUACACAAGCGGUACAGUGCUAGCUUAUCUUCAUCAUCCAAAAUGUACCAGAUUAAUUUAGCGCUAUAAUAGCCUCUACAAAGUAAAGCAGGAAUUGUUUGACUUUUAUUCUCCAAAAAAUGUUUUUGCUGUCAGGCCAGUAAGCAAGUACAAUCACUGGGCUUCAUUCAUAAAAAAAUCAAGCAGAGAGAAUUCAAUUACUUAACAAAAUAAAAAAAUAAAAUAAAUAAAUGAAACAUUCAUAAAUUAUAUUGAAUGCACAAUGCAAACAACAUUUGUAAGUGUAUGCAAAUUGAGGCACUGAACUGAAAAUAAUCAUUCAAGAAAUCAUGUAAACUGUUGAAUGAAUCAUGUAGUUAUUGAACUGUUUUACGAAUGUUUUUUAUGCAUUGUGUGUUAAAUUAAAAGCAAACAUUCAGUAUGCAUUCAGUUGUUACAUCGAAUAAAAACUGCAUAGGAAAUUCUAUUUACAUAAAUUGAUACACUUGAAUUUUGGAAAACCAUACUUAUAAAUAAUAGAAUUAAAUUUAAUUUAAAAUAUCUUAAUGUUUGCAUAUUUUAUGUACAUUUAAGCACUGAAUUAAAAAUCAAGUAAUCAUCAUGUAAUUAAAUGAAUCAUUAUGUAUGCAUCAAUUUGCAUGAAUUUACAGUUUUGCAUUUAAAAAAACUUUCAGCAUUGUUGCAUCGAAAAAAAAAUCACAUCUAUGUAAAAUUAUAUUUAGAAAAAUUGAU